AACGGUCACAUUGUUUUGAAAAUUUUUAAGGUGAACGGAUCGCGCGCGUCGUUCGCAGGCGAGAAAAAAAAACCAACACAACAACGGCGGCAGAGCAAUUAAAGAAACGCCGCCAAAACACACACAACGAAAAAAAUUAUUGUUAGUAUCUGAAAAAAAAUCAAGUGCCCCCGCCCCUUUUCCCCAUCUUAUUGUGUGUGUGAGUGUGCGUGCCAUCAUCGGCGUAAUUCUGUGUGUGUGCGUGCGCGAUUGUAUCUGUGUGCGAAAGUGCAUUAAUUACACCAAUACCACGUUAGAUGCAGCUAUAACAACAACAGCUAGAGAAAGAAGAGUUAACGCAAAUCAAAUACAAUAAAAUACAAACAAAAACACAGGCAAAAAGCAAAUGGAAAUCGAGCAACAAAAUAAAAGGCCAAUAAAUGUUAAAAAUUAAAUUUUUUUAUUGUUCCCUAUAAAUUUUGUGAUGCUCUUUCUGCUGAAUGAAAUUCGCAGGGAGUUUGCAGCUAAAAUUCUCCCCAACAUCUUAAGUGCAUAAAUACACAAAAAAUAACAGAAAAUACACCCACUAAAAGAAAUUAUUUAAAAUCGUGUAAAUUUGAACUCGGAUCUGUUUUUUCGGAUCGGUACGCAGAAUAAGCAGAACUCAACGGGCGCGUCAAUAGCUUUUUGAAGGUUUUCGAAGAAGAGGCAAAAGGAAAAGCUAUUUCCACAAAAUACAUCCAGUAAAAUGAGCAAGUUUCGAAUACAGUCCAACUCGGGUUUACAACAAAAAUAAAACAGCCAUCGAAAAAGGAUCCGAUGAUCAGCUAAGGAAAUCCGCUCCAAUGGUCUCUCAACGCAAAUGUGCUAAAAAUGUGCAAGUAAACCGAAAAUCUUACCAUAAGUAAUUGAAAGUAAGAAAUCCACAAAAGCCCCCAAAUUAAACAAGCUGAAAAUCGUAACAAUUACCACACUGGAAUAUAUAAAAAAGUGCAUAAUGUUCAAUGGGAAGAGGGCUCCCAUUUAAAAUGAUGCCCCUCUAUACGACGCAAUGCUCCUUCUAAACAGAAGAAGAUUCUGCUGUGAGUGUUCCGUUGUCGAAACAUGGUACGCGACAAUAGCCGCAACAUUUGUUUUGGAAAAUUAGCCGAAACUACGACGCCGCACCACCACCACCAACAACAAACACAGCAGCUCCAACGACAAUUCGUUGUGGAUAGCAGCAGCACCAUUAAUCAUAACAACAAUAAUAACAACAUCAACAACAAAAACAAUCCGAAAUUGAUAAGGUCUACAGAGGAACCACCGACAAACAGCUACGAAAGGAACUACUUCGAUCGCUCCAGCAGCCGCUUAGUCAGUCAAUAUCAGGCGAGCAAUUCCAAUUCUAACUCCAGUCCUUCACCCGUGAGCCCCUCCGCUUCAAUUUCCGUGUCCGUAUCCGCAUCGGCGGCUGGAGGAUCCUCCGAGAGAUCGCGCAACCGAGAUCGCCUGUACAGGAAUGGUUCUGCUAGCGGUCACAGCGGUGGCAUCAACAGCAGCGGCAACAGCAGCAACAUCCACAGCAACAGCAGCAACACGACGACGACGACAGCAGCCUGCACAGCUGGAGCUGGUGGAUCUGGAUCGGAGGGAGCUGUGGCUGGAGGAUUGGUAGGAACAGGCGCUGGGGGGGCACCGCAAGCGCUAGGCGACCGGAGCAGCAGCCACAAUAUCCACCAGAACCAGCAGAGCGUGCGGGUGGCACCACCUCAGUCAUGGUACGAAGCCGCCGCUACUGCAACGACGGCCCAAUUGAAAAGUCCUGGUGGCAGUGGCAAUGCCGGCGUCUCAUCAGCCAGUGGCUUUGCAAUGAGCAGCUCACCGAUCAACCAUCAUCAGCACCAGCAUCUGCAUCUUCAGAAUCCUCAACACCCGCACUACAGCAGCAGCCCAGCGGGGGGAGCCGAAGGGUCCUGCCCGUCUCCCGCACAAGGACAGAUACAGAUCCAAUCGCAGACCACGGCCGUGCAUCGGAGCGUGGCUUAUGCGGGAAGUGCUGCGGAUGACUCGCUGACCACCUCGCGCAAGAUGCUCCUGCACAGCAGCAAACACAAUAAGCUACUUAAAGGAGCGGGAACAGCGGGCAGCGGAGGAGCACGCUCUGGUUCAGAAUCGCCAGGAGGAGCUACUCCAUUGAAGACGACAAGUACAAUCACAAACAAUAGUUUUAGUAGUAAUAGUUUAAAUAAUACAAUAGCCACAGCAGCUCCAAUAAUGCCCACCAUAGCAUCUGAAGCAACUGGAGCUGCAGGGUCGGUAGGAUUAGGAUCUGGAGCAGCAGCGGGAGCAGGUUCCCAUCCCGGUUCUGGCUCAGCUACCAGCGGUGACAUUCUAAAUGUAGCCGCUGCUCUGGCCGCCGCCGUGGACAACGGGAUGCCAACGCAUCCGAUUCGGACGCGGCACAACCUACACGGACGCAGCACAACCUCCUCCAGUCGUUCGCACUCGCGGUCGCCGAGCAGCUACAGCAGUUCGCACAGCUCCUCUUCCUCAUCGCACUCCUCCUCCCACUCGCACGCGUCCAGCCCCGUCCAAUCCACGGGCAAUUGUGCGAUGGCGGAGGGGCGUAGCGGGCGUAGUCUCCAAUCCGUCGCCGUAACCAGCAACUCUUCAAAUCCCAGUGGCAAUGCUGGCACCGCCAGCAGCGCAGGCGGAGGCGGAGGCUGUGGCUCCAGUUCAUCUUCGAGCAGUAGCUCUAGUUCCAGCGGAUCCUCUUCCUGUCUGACGGCCAAUCCCGUGGUGCAUUCCGAAGACAAUCGGCCGCUGGCGAUACGUGUUCGCAACCUUCCCGCCCGUUCAUCGGACACAUCCCUUAAGGAUGGUCUCUUCCAUGAGUACAAAAAGCACGGCAAGGUCACGUGGGUCAAGGUGGUGGGGCAAAACUCAGAGCGCUAUGCUUUGGUUUGUUUUAAAAAGCCGGAUGACGUCGAAAAAGCGCUGGAGGUAUCCCAUGACAAACACUUCUUCGGCUGCAAGAUUGAGGUGGAACCGUACCAGGGCUACGAUGUCGAGGACAACGAGUUCCGACCCUACGAAGCCGAGCUGGAUGAGUACCAUCCAAAGUCUACGAGGACGCUCUUCAUCGGGAACCUGGAAAAGGACAUUACCGCCGGCGAGCUACGAGGGCACUUCGAGGGUUUUGGUGAGAUUAUAGAGAUCGAUAUCAAAAAGCAGGGCCUGAACGCCUACGCGUUCUGUCAGUACUCGGACAUUGUUUCCGUGGUGAAGGCAAUGCGCAAAAUGGAUGGCGAGCACUUGGGCAGUAACCGCAUCAAGCUGGGCUUUGGCAAAUCCAUGCCCACAAACUGCGUCUGGAUCGAUGGCGUGGCCGAGAAGGUGUCAGAGCCUUUUCUUCAGUCACAGUUCACGCGAUUUGGAACUGUGACCAAAGUCAGCAUCGAUCGAAAUAGACAGUUGGCCUUGGUUUUAUACGACCAGGUGCAGAAUGCCCAGGCCGCGGUAAAAGACAUGCGCGGAACGAUUAUGCGGGGCAGGAAGCUGCAAGUGGAUUUUGCGUCGAGGGAGUGUCAGGAUGCUUUUUACGACAAACAUGAGAAGCAGCAGCAACAACAGAGUGCUAGUUCUAACUCGCGCUUUAGUCGCUAUGAGUCGUCAUCCUCGUCGACGCAAUCCAGAUCCCGCGCAUCAUCCUUCAGUCGCCACCAGAACAACUCAAACGACAGCUGCUCGCCCAGCAACACGCCGGGGGGAUCGAACAGUGGAUCCGGCAUCGGAAGCAGUACAAGCAACCAAAGCACUACUGGCAUCAGCGGGAGCACACAGUGCAAUGCGAUGCCAGCUCCCAGUUUGGCGUCCGCCAUAGUAACCAGCAGUAGCAACAAUUUGGGCGCGGCGCCUGCAACUGCAUCCACGACCUCAAUGGUGGGCUCAUCCUCUAGUUUGAAGCCCGCGUCGCCGGCUGCUCUGGCGCAAAGGUAUCGUUUGGCUCGAAGCGCGCGACAAACCGUCGAUUUUGACUUCAACGAUGUGGGUCGCCUCCGGUUUCGAAACUCUGAGGAGGUUGCAGGAGGUGCAGGAAAUCCCAUACAUGAUGAGGAAGUACGCUCCGACUCUCCGGUAAUCGGUCGACUGGGUCCGGCUGUAAAUUGCUUGACUGGCUCAGCAGGAGCCGGUGGGGAAUCCAUUGAUGGAACGUUAAGCAACACCCAAGUUGGUGGAGGAGCAACUGCAGCGGCGUGUGUGGUAGCAGCAUUCACAGGAUCUGGCAGCAACAACCUGAGCAGGAGACGUUGCGGUAAGACACCCAAAGAUUUGCACUCCGUGCACAAUCAACGUUUCCAUUUGGCAGAGCAACUUGAGGAAUGCCCGUCCAGUGGUGAUGAGGGCGUGGUCAGUCCGCGUAAGCGCAUAAAAAUGGAUUACCACCAUCACCACCAUCAUUCCAAUGCCAGCGGGCUGGAGUCCACUGGCGAGCACAGUAGCAUCAACAAACCCAGCACCCUCUCCCUGUCCAACUGUGAUGUAAUACACGAUCCCCUUAACCGCAAGAGCGAAAUUCGGCGGGUCUCCGAGACCCCAAGUGGUUCCCCCAGCAUGAAGUUUCCCGGCCAUUUGCCGUCGGCUCCACCAUCCAUGAUGCUCACCUGCCGUCGCCCGUCCAUCGAUGUGGGAGCCCUGUCAGCGCUUUCUAGUUCCUCGGCUUUUCGCCACGGACUCGUGGGAGCCAGCAGUAUCGAUCAGCAGCACAUUGUGAACGCCUCGUUGGCGGCGAAGAGGAGACGAGUGACCACUACAAUGCAGCAGCCCAGCUUAUCCUCAACCAGCAAUAGUUCUGGUGGACCUGGUUUGGGCGGGAUUAGUAGUCUCACGCCGGCGGAUGACUAUCAUCAUCAUGUUUCCAGAGGCAGGGGUCAUCAGCUACAUUCCCAUCAUUCACACGAGGCCAGCGGAGGAGAAAGUGCUGAUGGAUCUCGUCCUGGAACGCCACUGUGUGAUGAGCGACCCGAAGUGUUGCCCACAGAGCCACGACGCCUGCCCCCACCAAGAGAAAGAGCGCGGGAAAGGGUACGGGAGAUUAUGUGGCUACCCCUGCCAAAGUUCGGAGUGCUAUUUUUCCAACAGCAGCAGUCCAGAGGAAGUGCAUGCGGAACGGGAAGCAGCUUCUCACAGCAGCAAUUGGGGGGAGGAUCCUCCGGAGGGUUGGGAGGCUUAGGAGCUCCUUCGACCUCGUCAUGUUCCCUCAGCAACUCUAGUCUAAACGCCAGCCAGGGAAUGGGCUCCAGUUCUGCCUCCGCAUUUCUGCCCAGCCCCUCUUCGCGAUACUGGCGUUCCUCCUCGCAUCACCAACACCACCAGCAUAAUCUUCAGCAGCAGUCGCAGCAAUUGCACGGGUCGUCGUCCUCUAACUCUGGUUUGAUGGCCAGUCCAGCGCGACCACGCUCACUGAGUUCCAACUCCAGUGAUUCGGAUGUACCUGGCCAAAAUGCAGGGGGAAGUCCCUCACUGGAUGAACGACUUCGUAACUUUGAGGAAAACUACGAGCGAUGGUCUGGCGGAAGCAGCAGAGAACAUGGUUCCGGUCACACGCCCUCUAGUGCCACGCCCUCCUGGCAGCUCUCCAUGCACUUGAAUUUGGGGACCGGCCUGAAUUCUCAUCAAGCAAGUUCGGGGUCCGGUAACAGCAACAGUUCAAGUGGAACCGUAUCCAGCUCCACAAGUAAUUCCCGGCAUAAGUUCCUGGACAUUGAUGAGCUGCAACCCUCAGACAUUGUUAAAUCCCUGCUGGCCAAGAAAAGUAUUUUUGAUGACGAUUUUCAGCGGUUGAAGAAAAACCAGUGGUACGAUCCAGCCGGCUCCGAUUUCGCAUUGGGUUCGAGUUCCGCCAAUGUCGUGAUAGGAUCUUCAUUGGGACCUAGUGUAUCCCGACAUCCUGGCGGCCCAUGCAGCGGGAACACCUCGCCAGCCUUGCCCAACCUCGCGGCAACCAAGACAACUCCUAUUAUUGGAAACUGUGGUGGUGUAUUAGCCAACUCGGCAAGUAGCAAAACUGCUGGAUUGCUCCAAAGGCUUAGCAGUUUAUCACCCAUGAACUCCCCUCAAGCUUCGAUGUCGCCUUACAACAGUCCAUCGCCCUCCCCUUCGGUGGGAGGCGCAACACCCGCGAAUUUGGGACAGCUGACCAAGCCAACAGCACUGGGGGCAUCGAGUGGAGGAGUCAGUGGCGCAACUACCGCCCCUUCAUCCUCACCAGCUGCCAAUUCGGGACCCACCAAGGGACUGCAGUACCCAUUUCCCAGUCACCCACCGUUGCCAAAUACCGCUGCGCCACCUCCAGCAGUGCAGCCAGCACCACCACCUCCUCCUGAAAUGGCAAAACAAUCAAGAUCAGCUGGGCAGGCUUCUGGAAGCAAUCUGACCAAAAGUUUAAGCGUGCCAGAUGCUCCCCAACAGUCGCCAGCUAAAGUUCAUCUUCAAAAGUCUGCCUCAGUUCCAGGGAGCAACAACGUGAGCUCUACCUGCAUCUCAUCCUCAGGAUCAGCAAUAUCGUCUUUGCCUGCGUCUGCAUCUGCAUCUACUUCGUCAUCAUCGUCCAACGGUAACAGUUCCUCAGCCACAGCAGCCACACAUGUACAAAAGAUACCACAGCCGAUCACCAUUGAGGAAGAGCAGCCAAAAAAGACUGCUACGUUCUCAUCCCAAUCCUCAAAUUCUAGUUCUAAGAAGAGCAGCAGCAGUCACGACAAGUCCCACAGCAAGCACAAUAAUCGAUCGGACAGCGACAAGAAGAACAAAAAGUCGGAGAAAACAUCAUCAUUCUUCGGGUCCUCCGAUAAGCGAAAGAACUCGUCCACUUCGCAGUCCUCCAAGUCAGCUACUCCCCUCAUUGAAGACGACUCCAGUGAGCCCGAUGAGCAGUCGGAGAAAUCUGAAAAAGAGCAGCGUCACGAGCGAGAGAAAAAAGAGCGUCAGGAAAAGGAAAAACGAGAAAAGGAUAUACGUAAACAACUUGAGCGCGAGGAAAAGGAGCGGAAGGCCCUGCACGAGGAAAAGGAGAGGGAGGAUCGUAAGGCCAAAGAGGAAAAAGAAAAGGAACGGGAGAGAAAAGUCCAAGACGAUCGGGAAAAGAAGGAACGAGAAGAGCGAGAGCUUAGAGAAAGAGAACAGCGCGAAAAAGAGCAAAAAGGAAAGGAGAUCAGAGAAAAAGAUCUGCGUGAAAAGGAGCAGAGAGAGCUGGAACUUCGAGAAAAAGAGGUGAGGGAAAAGGAGCUCCACCGAGAGAAAGAGCAUCGAGAAAGAGAGCAGCGAGAAAAGGAACAAACUCGACGCGCCGUGGAUGCCGAUCAAGAAGCUCGUAUGGGCAGGAUGCGCGAGCUCUCCUCGUACCACAAGAGCAAAGUGGAGGCGACCUCCGAAGCCAGCAGCUUUUACUCCCAUACCAACAACACGCCCUUAACCGCCUCCAGCGAUUGUCAGCACAACAAGGAAAACUCUGGGGAAGCCACUGCUCUCGCUACUCCAACUGCUGUUGCUCCGAUUCAAUCAGACAACGCCUCUAAAGAUCGCUCGCGGAAGCUAUCCAGAAAUUCUCCCGUGCGCCUCCAAAAGCGCCGCCUCAGCUCACAAGAAAGCAACCAUAGUGCCGGAGGUGGCGGAGCAUGUGCAGGGUCCAGUCAUCAGAAUCAACAUGACGAUUAUGUGAAGCGCAUACGCAUGGAGAACUCCCAGAAUACAUCAAAUCACAAUAGUAGCGACCGCCGGGACUCCAAGGACCACAAGAGCAGUAGUUCCAAGGAGGAGAAAAUUAGUAGUUCACACAACUCUAAGUCACAUGGUAGUGGGGGAAGUUCAUCCUUAUCGUCCAAGCAUCAUCGUCGGGAUAAGCAUCACUUGAAGAGCAGUGUUAGCUCCACAGAAACGAACCCAUCCAUGGAGCUUAUGGUGGAUCCAAAUUCCCAAGCCAAGCAGCAAAUAAAUACAAGUGAGGAGGAGCAGCAUCCUCAACCUAAAAGAGAGAAGGAUAAGGAGCACUCCAGUAGUCACCAUCAUGGCAGUAGUACAUCCUCCAGGCACAAAAGUAAAAGGGAUCAUCAUCACCAUCGUGACAAGAAGCGACAUUCUGUGGCGGAAUCCACUAACACAGAUGAAGAGCAUACACCACAGCAGCAUAAUCCUCUCAGGAGGACCUCUGCGGCAGGAAGCGGAUCCGCUGGAGAACUCAGCUCAGCAGCGACCAACACCUCAAGUGGAAAGCCCAAUCAUCAUCAUUACAGGCGAAGUGUCGAGCGGAAAUGCUCUAGGGGAUCCGAUGAAGGUCAUCACUCUUCGUCGAAAUCGCUCCGCGCCAAACUGAUGAUGUUGAGCUCCGCAGACUCUGACGACACCGAUGAUGCCUCCAAAAAGCACUCCAUCUUUGACAUCCCUGACGAUUGUCCAAAUGUGUCAAUGUACGAUAAAGUAAAAGCCAGGAGCUGCAAGAAUAUGCAACGUCAGGCGGAGGAAAAGAAGAUCAAGGCCAAAUUCUCGCAGCUAAAGCAGUCUCGUGCCAAGAAGAAGCGCUCAACCAGCUAUGAUGGAGACUCGGACACGGAGUUUGAGGAUCGUCACCAUCGAAAUAGUGGCAGCAGCAGUUUCCAUGGCCGUUAUGCUGGACUGUCCAGCAGCGAUGACGAUGAUGAUGAGGAGCGCCACCAGCGACGAAUUUUCUCCGAUUCGGAUGCAGAGCUUGAAAAUCAGGACCACCAGGGAGCCAGCUCCAUGCCAGAUGCUAACAGGGUGCAUCAGAUGCACCAGAAUCUGAGAAGACUGUGUGAUGGUGAUGAUAGUUCCGAAGAUGAGAUUAAAAGAAAUGUUAUGAAGCACAGCCAUCUCGGAAAGAGGAACUCGCACUCCACCAGGAUUGCCUCCGAUUCUGAGUCACAGUCCCAGCCUACUCCUGAUUUGGCGAUAAAGCAAGAGCAGCCCGCAGCUCCCGCCCAAGAAAUCAAGCAAGAGCAUAUUUCCGACAGCGAACAGAAGUUUAAGUCCCGUCACGAUUCGAAUUCCUCGAUGGAGGAGCGUAAGAUGAAGCCGGAAAGGGACAUAAAGAAGGAGUAUGGAGAUUUCUACAAUUCAGCGUACGCAUAUUCUGAUUCUGGAAAGCUCAAGGAUUACUCUCCAGAAAGUCGUAAAAAGCACAAGAAGAGCAAGAGGCGGCUCAAGUCUUCUUCCACAGUGGAGACAUCGGCUCCACCCACUCCUCUUUUGGUUACUCCAUCGACGCCAUCCAUAUUUGACGUCCAUUCAUCCUCCGAGUGCAAGACAAAGUUUGGUAGUUUUGAUGAUCUCAAAACUGAAAGUGCUUCGCUUCCGUUAGAGAUUCUAGCCAGUGAUAGAAGAAAGCACAAGGAGCGGAAGGAAAAGAAACGCGAGAAACUGAGGAAUAUGGCAGAUACCAAUAACAGCACCACCGUAAGCGCCACUAAUAUAUCUACCACCAAUGAUAUAAGCUUAGAGAAAUUGUCCAAGGAAGAGCGUCAUCGCUUGAAGAAGUCAAAGAAAUCGAAAAGCUUGGAUACCUCCUCUUCUACGAGAGCAUUCAACUCGGGUGGAGUCCAUCCUACUGCUUUGCCCCUGUCUGCAACGCCAUCUUCGGCGGCUGCGAUAGUCACACCAUCGAAGAGGGGAGAAGAUAAAAUGGAGUUCAUCUUUGGCAUAAUUUCUGAUGAGGAAGAAUCCCAGUUUCCCGAUGAGCAAGGAGAAAGCAUAAAGGAUAUUACAGCAAGCUGUGUGUCUACAACGGGUCCCAUUGUGUCCGCUGCUUUGCAAACCUACAAACAGGAGCUUUCCACACCCACCAGCAAGAGUCAGGAAGCAUGUAUUCAACUGCCUGUGCAGGAGGAUGAGCUUCAGCAACCACAGCAGCCGGAAAGAAUUCGCCAGGCGGUAAGCACUUGCUCAUCUUCCCAUGCCGAUAGAGAGAGACACCGGAAGGAAAAGCGCGAGAAGAAGCGGCGCGAAAAAUCUCAACGAGAGCAACAACAUCAAGCACAGCAACAUUCCACCAAAGCUGCAACUAAAAUGGAGGAUGAUAACAGUGUGGAUAUGGAUGAAGCAGGAAGAGCUCUAGAGGCACAACUAAUGAUUGACUUUGAUAGCAAGACGAUGCCAGAUGAACCAACUCCCUCAACAGCCACCACUUACAGAUCCGAUAUGGCAGAUGUGUUUCGAUUCUCUGACAACGAAGACAACAACUCGGUGGAGAUGGUUAAACAGGGUACCAAACCGGAACAGCCAGAGCAGCAUAAGAGCAAGGACAAAAAGAAGAAGAAGAAGCGAUCCAAAGAGGAAAAGCAGGAGAAAUUGCUGCAACAGCAGCAUCGCAGGGAAUCCUUGGGAAGUGUGGCUCCUACUUCAUCCGCACCUCCUACUCCUGGAAAGCUGACUGUCAACGUUCAAGUUGCUAGCAAGCAUGCAGAAGAUCAGAUGGACGCCAAGCAUGCUUCAUCGCCACCGCUUUGCAAACCAUCUCCAAGCUUGCCUUGCCUUAUAGGUGACGAUGACGAAGAUGUUUUGCCUACUCCAAAGCCGAAACCAACAACACCCACGAGACCUGGAAGUGAUAGCCUGACUCCAUCGCGGGAGAAGCCACGCCUGAUAAGUCCAAUACCUAAAACUCCAACUAUAGCCAACAGUUCCAUGCUGUCCACUCAGUCUGCAGAGACUCCGGUGAGCAGUGGAGCUGGUGUGAGUACCUCCUCUGCUUUGGCCACAACGCCCACAUCCUCGAUAGUAGCAGGAGCCAGUGCAGCGGCAGAAGCCAGUGCAGCAGCAGGAGCAAGUGGAGCCACAGAAGGUGUUGAAACUUCGCCUACCAGCGCCUCAGCUCAAAGCAAGAAAAAGGAGAUCUUUAUACCCGGUUUCGAUGGCCAGCUGGAUGACAGAAUUAGUGAAUCAGCCGUGCAAUCUAUCUCAGUAGAGUUUAAUUCCUCAUCUCUUCUCGAUACAUUGGCAGAUGAGCCCAAAAUACCGGUGGCAUCGCCUCCAGGUGCUGCUAAACCUUUGGAUAAGUUAGAGGAUACCAAGUCUCGCGUGACUAUUUCGCAGGAGGAGACGGAGAGUGCCGUAUCCGCUCUCCUGGGUGAAAGUUUUGGCACUUCCUCCACUGCGGAUUACUCACUUGAUGGCAUGGAUGAAAUGAAUUCAGUAAAUGAGAUGGAAACUCCCGCUUUAGUGGUAGCAGAACCCGAUGAAGAGGCGGCUUUAGCCGCCAAGGCCAUAGAGGCAGCUGUGGAGCCUGCAGCAAACUUGGAGGAACCAGAAGUGGAACCUGAGCGACAACCAGAGUCCGAAGCUGAACCGGAACCUGAACCAGUCGUUGGGGUCUUGGAUCCCGAUGAAAUCAACAAGGCGGUACAAAGUUUGCGGCACGAGGAUAUGAUGGACAUCAAGGCUGAUACUCCGCAAUCAGAGAGAGAUCUGCAAAUUGAUACAGACACUGAAGAAAAUCCCGACGAGGCGGAUAGCAGUGGACCUAGUCUAAAGAUUGAUGAAACUGUUCAGAGCUCCUCGUCGCCGGAGAAGUCCAUCAGCAAUAGCUCUGUGAGAGAACCGCCAAAGGUGGAGUCUAAACCCAAGGCAAGCAAGGACACCACACCCCAACUUUCGGUGAUUACCAAGUUGCCAUCCUUGGAGCCACAGAAACCACAGCCGGCCACGCCCGUGAAGAUUGAACCACCAACUAUCAGUAAGCUCCAACAGCCUUUGGUGCAGCCUGUGCACACCGUGUUACCUGCUCCGCAUUCAGCUGGAAGCGGCAUAAAUCCAACCCCCGUCAUCAACCUGGAUCUUUCCAAUGUGAUGAGCAACUGCUCCAACUCCAGCACCGCUUCUACAACAGCUUCAACUUCAGCUUCCCUCUCAUUUGGAAGUCCAACUCCCAGUCAGAAUAUCAUGCCACAAGCUUCGACUCCCAAGCAGUCUCCGCUUACACCACAUCAAACACUGCGGACGCAAUCCCUGAUUAUGCAACCACCAACGAUAUCCAUACCAGAGCCGACACCCCACUUUGUGGUGCCCCAAAUGGUGUUGUCUCCGCAUCAGCAACAGCAGUCCCAUCAUCCCCAGCAGCCUGGAGCUUACAUGGUUGCGAUCAGAGCUCCAUCUCCCCACAGUCCGAUCCUUUCACCAGGACGUGGUGGAGGCCAAAAUCGCCUGGUCGGUCAGCUGAGUCCCGUUGGUCGACCUGCUGCAACUCAACCGUUACCUCAGCAACAGGUUCAACAGACACAGCAGCAACAUGCAUUGUUGACCAGUCCGCAAGGUAAUAGCAUGAGUCCUUUAGCAAGUCCCACAACGAGAGUGGUGGCCGCCAACAACUCACCUACAACCAGCAAACCAAACAGUUACCAGCCCAGAACCCAACAGCAACAACAACAGCAGGUAUCACAGCAACAGUCGCCCAAAUCCACAACUGAGUUGCAAACGUCACCGCAACUAUUGGCAAUUCCCCUGCAAAAAAUGCCAGCGAUACCUGUGCCACAUCAUCCAACGAUCAUCAGCAAAGUGGUCACUGUGCAGCCACAACAGGCCACUCAGUCACAUGUGGCCAGCUCUCCUCCAUUGGGCUGCCUGCCGCCUCACAAGAACCUCCAUGUAAAUGCCCAGCAGCAACAUCAUCAGGCCCAGCAGCAGCAACAUUCGCCGCAGAUGAUGGCCAAGAUGUCUGCACACCAGCAACAUCAACACAUGCAGCAGUUCAUGCAUCAGCAGAUAAUGCAGCGACAGCAACAACAGCAUAUGCAGCAGCAACAACUGCAUGGUCAGUCGCAACAAUUGACGCCAGGUCAACAACAUCAAAUGCAACAACAGCAUCAGGCACAACAACAAUUAAACCAGCAACAUCAGGCUCAGCAGCACCAUCAAACACAGCAGCAACAUCAGGCCCAACAGCAACAUUUGAACCAGCAGCAUCAGGCCCAACAACAGUUGAAUCAACAGCAUCAGGCACAACAGCAACAUCAGGCACAGCAGCAUCAUCAGGCUCAGCAGCAGUUAAAUCAACAACAGCAGCAAUUGCAGCAUAUACAAAAAGUGCAACAACAGAUCCAUGCUCCCCUGCAGCAAACGUCGGCCCAAGGAGCCACCCACAUGGGAUCUUCUCCGUCAAUGUUUGCAUCACAGCAACAUCAUGCGCAGCUUCCACCACGAGGUGUGCAUCAGCAGCAACAUCCGCAACAGCUGUCAAGCAGUCCACCCUGCAAAACAAAUACUUUGGGACAAAUUGGCCAAGUGCCGACUGCAGCAAUUUUGACAAGAGUUGGACCCCAAGCACAGCUACACCCACAGCAACAACCGCAACAGCAACCACCACCACUGUUAGCUCACCAUCAGCAGCAACAGUUGUCUUCGCCAGGAGGCAAUCUGCCUCAUCAAACGCCACUCAAUGUGAUCCAGAAUGCCCCAAAAUUAAUUGUGCAACAGCAUAUUGUACCUCCACCAAAUCAAGUGGUUUCACCACCAGCUUCCACAGCAAAUGCCAUUCACUGUCCCACAAGCCAGUGCAAGGAAAGUCCAGCUUCUGGUCAGAUGGAACCGUCACCAUCUAUGACAGUCCUCAAAACAUCGGAAAGUGUUUCGGUAAUUCGUACACCCACUCCCACCACCAGUUCGGCCGUACAAUCACCGAAGACGGGAUCCUCCCUGCUUACGGAGGAGAAUCUGAUCAAGAUCUCGCAGCCCAAGCAGGAUGAGCUUAUCGAACAGGAUUCCAAGGAAGUAGACAGCGAUUACUGGUCAGCUAAGGAGGUGAAUAUUGACAGUGUGAUUAAGAAGCUAGAUACUCCACUGCCUAGUAAAGACGAAAAGCGCCCAGUGGAUAUACAAAAAGUUGCACUGGCUUCUAUCCCCAAUUCGCAGCCUGCGGAUAAUUAUAUUGUCCAGGAAGCUUCCCUUCCUACUCCUUCUGUGAGUGUAAACAGCUCAAAUGAUCACGACACAGAGGAUGAGACAGAGACCAGACAAUUGCCUCCAUCAAAGCCAGCCACACCAACUGUGGGUAGACCACCGGGAAGAGGAGGUACCGCCAAGCGAGGACGACAACCGAGGGGAGCGAAGAAGCAAGGAGGCUUCCCUCUAAACUCAGUAAUAGCAGCCCCUGGAGCGGAUUCUGGACUGGUAUUGCAGCCAGGUGAUAAUGGAGUGCAAACCAGGCUGAGAAAACCAGUUACAGCUCCUGUGACCAGAGGCAGGAAAGGACGACCUCCGAGGAGUCUGCUAUUACAGCAACACCAACUCGAGCAGCAGCAGCUCGAUAUUCAGCGAAAGGCACUGGAAAUGGUUACAGUACCAACACCUACGGUUACGCAACCAGCAGUUCCCACUCCUCCCAAUCCUGUGCUCACAGCUGCCGAAAAGAAGGCCAGAAAUCAGGCUCUGACUCAGGUGCAAGUCCAACACCAAGCCGCAAGUGAAGGAACCAGUCAGGAUAUCUAUGAAUUUCAUGAGGACGCGGGUGAAGAGCCCAAAGGAAAGGCUAACUCAAGUGUUGCGCCACCUGCAGACGACCAAAGACCACGCCUCAUUCUCACCAUCAACAAAACGCAACCCUCGAUUAAGAACAGCAGUGAAAUGGAGCAGCCUAUGCAUCAACACCAAAAUCAACCGGAACUUGCUGCACAAAUCGAUCCAAUUGGAGGAGACAACUCCGACUCCAACUCCAACACACGCAAGUCACGCCGUCUGCAGGAGAAGGAGGAUCGCAGCACAGUGGACGAUAUUAUCGAAGACGUGGUGCGAAAUACCAACACACCAACUGGAGUAGGACAACAGUUGCCGAAAGGCGCCCAAACUCCACCACGACGCUCUGGCAGAAAUGCGCAGGCCAGGAAGACAGAUGCAGUACAUCCCGCCAAUGCAGUGGGGCGCCCAAGGCGAUCCAAGGACCGGAAGACCAUUGGCGAACCGCCAGCGAGCUUGAUGGAGGAGGUAAUCGCUCCAAAUCAAAUUACUGCUCCAUCUACUCCCACACCUGUACUCCAGCCACUCACUGAUCAAGUUCAAGUGCAGCCCCAUAUGCCACCCUUGGAUAAUAAAGAUGUUGAACCAGUUCAAGCUAUGGCUACAGCUGAUCCUACACCUGUGAGCGUCACCGUUCCCGUUCCUGUACCUAUGCCUGCAAUGGCCGCUCCCAAGCCUACAAUGCCACAACAUCCCAAAAAGAAGGCCAUUGCGGCAGCGGAGAUUGAAUCCUAUCAGGCCAUCAAUUCGUCCAUUCCCAGCGGGGGACUGCCAAUGCAUCAGACAGCCGCUCCUGCUACUCAAAAGAUCACCGGUGGGGCUGCGGAUGCGGUCAGCAAGGCUCUAGUUGACCCUGUCACUGGAGUAAUUACCGCUGGCAUGCCCCAAGGCAAAGAGGGCAAUCUUCCAGCAGCUACCGCUGCUGCUCCUGCCAACAGCAGCAAUGAAGCUGGCUCACCUGAUCCUCCCUCCCAGCAGCAGCAGCCACAGAAUCAGCAGAAAGCAAAUCAGCAGAUUAGUUCCACUGUGAUUGCAUCUAGUGCACCGACCCCGAUUACAGCAUUGGGAAAACCCGUGCAGCUCGAGUCCGCGGCAGCAGCUGCUCUGCUCAACAAGCCUGUGAGUGUACUGGUAAAAGGAAACCCCAGUCCGUUGGUGGUUCAGCAGCAACAAAUGCCACAGAUGGUGGCUCCGCCAAAACAACCUAUCGUAUUGCAGCAGAAUCCCCUGCCCACUGUCCCGCACCACGCGCAGCACAGCAAUGUGCGGCCACCUCAACCACUCAAGGCUCACGUGCUGAACAGGGAAAAGAAUCUUCAGCAGCAACUGACGCCCACAAAGCAACAGGUACCCCAGCCCCCGCAGCAGCAACAGCAACCACAUUCAGGUCACAUGGUGCUCGCAGACGCCGCGGUAAAUCAACAACUAUUGCAGCCCCAGAUCAUUGCACGUCACCUACAGCAGCAGCAGCAUCUGCUGGUCAAUGUGCCGCCACCAGCAGCGCACUCACCGAGGCUUCCGGGACAGCAGCAACAGUUGGGGCCAGGAGCCAACGUAAAUCCUCAGCAGCAGCAGCAGCAGCAACAACAACAAACUCUGGUAAUCAAGCAGGCAACUUCAGCAGCGACGCCGCAGAUAUUGCAUGUGGUAAGCUCCAAGGCUUCGGUGGUGACCCAACCGCAACAGCAGCAACAACCACAGCCCACUUCGUCAGCAGGAGCUCAUUUGCAGCUGGGCAAGCCCAACUUUGGCUACGCAGCUUCUGUUUUGCCACCAACUUCGUCUACAGCCGUGCAGCAACAACAACAGCUGUUUAAGCAAGCCAAUCAGCAGAAGGGAGUUCCGAUGCAGCUGGCUCCACACGGCAUGAUAUUGCCCACCCAUCCUGGAAUGAUAUUGCAGCAGAAACCGCCAGUUCAUCUGCAGCCACAGCAGCAUCAAUUGACUUCUUCGCCGCCGCCCGGUAAGCAGAACCCCGUUGUGCACAGUCUACAGGCUGGACAGAUCAUGCCGGGAAGUUUGGGCAGUCCACCGCCGGUGUCAGCUGCAGUGCUGAAAUCCGCCCAAAAGCAGGUCAACUCCUCCGCAGCAGCAGUUGGGAUGCGCACAGCCAUUCCGAACAUCAGUCCACAGGGCCAGCCGAGGGUAUCGCCAUUGGUUUUACCACCCGGAAUGGCCGGAGUGCCGCCCUUCGAUGCCAGCCUGCAUGACUUGGGCGCUUAUGUCAGUGGACGGCGAACCCAGAGUCCGCCUCCAGCUCAUCAGCAGGCAUCGCCUAUAACACCGAAUGAUUCCACGUAUAGAGGAGUAGCUGCAUCCAGGGACUUUAUGCUCUACCAGCAUCAUUUAAUGCGAGGUGGAGACUACGAAGACAAGAUUAGCAACAGUCCGCCCUUAGAGUUACGACGCCCUGGCAGUGGACCUCCAAGAACCAUCGCAGUGCCACACAGCUUGCAAAGUCCUCAGGAUCGCACCGCAGCUGACUCACCGCAAAUGGCGCAGGUCUAUGUGCACAACGCGCGCAUUCCACCAGCCCAUUUCAGCGAAAUAGCUUCAAGAGGCUUCUAUGAGGGUGGUGGCUUACAGCUAGAACCGCCGCCAGCCCAUCGGCCGACUGCAUCAAUUACCGUGGUAGUCCCACCACAAAUGCCUGCCGUCUCGACCGGAAGUCCGUUCAUCGGACGCGAUGGCAGCGUGCAGCCGGGAAGCCACCAUCACUCAGGCAAGGCAAUGGAAAUUCAGCUUGAUGAGAUGGACCGCUUAUCCAUGAUCGCAGCUGUCGUUAAACAACAGCAGGAUCAUCUACCACCUGCUCUACACGCUGGCAUGGAAUUGGCCGCCCAUCAAGUACCGCCAGCCAUGGCUCCGCCACCGGGUGAUUCGCUGGUCACACUGCUGCAACGCUAUCCAGUGAUGUGGCAGGGUUUACUGGCCCUGAAAACCGACCAGGCCGCCGUCCAGAUGCACUUUGUGCACGGAAAUCCGAAUGUGGCAAGAGCCUCGCUUCCAAGUUUGGUGGAGACCAACACGCCGUUGCUGAGGAUUGCGCAGAGAAUGCGUCUGGAGCAGACACAGCUGGAAGGAGUCGCCAAGAAGAUGCAGGUGGACAAAGAGCAUUGCAUGCUUUUGGCCUUGCCAUGCGGAAGAGAUCACGCCGAUGUGCUGCAGCAUUCGAGGAAUCUCCAGACCGGAUUCAUCACAUACCUACAACAAAAAAUGGCCGCCGGCAUUGUGAACAUACCUAUUCCGGGCAGUGAGCAGGCUGCCUAUGUGGUGCACAUCUUUCCGGCUUGCGAUUUUGCUAACGAGAACCUGGACCGUGCCGCUCCAGAUCUCAAGAAUCGCGUGGCCGAGUUAGCGCACCUUCUGAUUGUCAUAGCCACUGUCUAAUCACAGAACAGGCCAAUAACUGGAAAAUAAAAAAACAAACGGAAGUGACGCCCUAAACUAAAACCGGAUGCUAAACUCUACAGGCAAAUACAUUCACUAAAAUGAAAAAGAAACAAACAAACAUAAAAAAGUUACGCUCUUCUAGUAUAUUAAGUAAUUUUAAAUAGCGAUUAAACAAGCAAAAGUUUAAAAAAGCAAAGUAAAACAAAACAAAACAAAAAUAACUUAAAGAGCAGUAACAUGCCAACUUUAUUGAAUAAAUAAAUGCAAGAAAAGCAAAAGAACAUUGAGGCCAAGCUCACAUCUAAAACGAGAUCCCUAAGAGACUCAAACAAAGCGAAAUAAAUCCCUUCAGAUCCCGACACUUUGAAAUCAGAAGCAAACCGAUAAAUAUUUGUCUGAAUGAAUAAUUUAACUCUCCCUAAUUUAAACCCUUUAACAAAAGCUUGCAAAGUAUCGUUAAGUUUGAUCUCAAGAAAGAAAGUUUUAUUUUUGCUUAAUUUAAAAUGAAAAAAACACGUAAAACAUGAAAAAAUCUACACAUACACAUUGAAAGAAAUGUUAAACAAAGCUUAAAAACAUAUUAACUGUUUACUGUACUAUGCAUACUACUACCCAUACAUAAUAUUGAUAUCCGAUCAUAUUCCUAACCCGAUUAAGUUUUGAUUGGUUAAUAACUUUCGACUUACUCGGUGGGAAAGUCACUGCUCCGCGUUAUACAAAGUUUUCGCCUCCGAACAACCAACCGUUUAAUUUUCAAACAACCGGUUCCUUGGCUCUAUGGAAUGCCUGCCUAUAAAAAUAUAUAGAAAACGGGGCCUCACAUAGACCCAAAGAACUUCAUAUGAGUGUGGGGUGUCGCCCAUGCACAAUUAGGUUUAGUGAUACGCCCAGAGGCUUUUCCUACGAUUACAUACACACGUAUACAUUAUGCAUUACAUUAUCUAGACGCUUAUUUAAUAAUAAUCAAUAUUUAAGCCAAAUACUUUAAAGCUUAGACACGUUUCGCUUCGUUUCGUGUUGUAACUUUCGCUCUGCACCAGAGUUCCAUUUUCUCAAAAUUUCCUGCAAAGAAAGGGCUUCCGACUCAACGCUGUUGGUCUUUUUGUUUGUUGUCUCCGAUCUUCUGUUUCUGACUACCUUAUCUUAUUUUUUAUUUUUUAACCACCACUGCCACAAAACUAAAGCCGAAAAUCACUGGUCUAAAUCUAACUAAAGGCGUUCCGAUCUCCACCCAAUUGUUAGUUUUUGCGCGCGAAACUUUGUAGAAUGUUGGGUAGUUUCAGGACCCCUUAUACCAUUAUGCUGACACCCUACAAGAAACAUAAACAUACCCUCACAAUAUGAUACAAUAACCUAUAUAUGUAGUACCCUCUCUGUACACUCCUUUAACUUAAACGUAAGUUUUCACAACCACUUGUAAAUUAUGUGACCGACAAAAUAAUACAAAAAAAAAAAAAAAAGAAAAAAGAUAAAACUCGAGUAAAAGAAAGAAAAGAAACUGUAAAAUAUUUAAAUUAUUUAGACUAACAAGUAUGAAAUGUAAAUACAGUUUAAUUAGUGUUUAGCGCGUAUUUAGUUGUAUGUUUUAAAACUAAACUAAAGAGAAACUGUACAUUAUAUAACACAAUUAACGAUACGAGAACACAAGAGAUCAGAUCUGCAAGAGGUCGCCCAGAAACAUAAACCGAUACAGAAAAAAUUAAAAAUAGAAGAAAACAAGUAAAAAAGAAAACAUUUUUCAAGUUGAAACAGAUGAAGCGCUGUUAAACAUAUGUUAAUGUAUAAGUUGUAAGUUUUAAGAGACUUUUUAGUUAUUUCCUAAGUUACUUUGAAGAAACCGAUUAAAUUACAAUUAUUUCUUACACUUGGUUUCGUUUUAAUUUCCGCCACUCCCAGAUUUUAUAAAUUUUUCGUCCCGUAAAACCAAAUUGAACCCCAUAGCGAAAUGCAACUUAUACAUACAUAUAUACAUUAUAUAUAUAGAUGUUAAUGUUAUAAAUGUAAUUAAAUAAAUUCUAUACCUAUGCA